GCAGGUGAGUAAUGUUUGCUGCUCACCUCCUUGCUGCCGGGGUACCUAUGCGAGAGUUUUUUAAGAAACCAGAGAAAGAAAAACAAAUUAAACAUUUUUUUGCCAGACACACCUGGCUUCUAUCCCUUUGUGAGCUGGAAGACGCAGUAUGUUCUAUGUGGCUGUGGAUGGGCUUUGUUUACAUGGAAUAGUUUGACCUGUUGUCAUGUAGUCAAGAACACAAAUCUCCGACCUGCUCGCUCUAGUCCACUGUGUCGACAUGAAAGUUGCCAGAUUUAUUAGCCGGUGAUGUGUAAAACCUGGUGACUGAGAGAAGCCACGCUCCUUGGCGGUAGCAACAAGAACUAAGAACUGAGGGUACCACACAGUAACCAUAGCUACAAAGACUGAAGGUAGUCACAAGGUAGCCACAAGGAUUAAAGGUAGCUGCGAAGACGCAAGUUAGCCACGAGGGCGUAAGGAGAAGGUAGCUAAUCAUGUUGGACAAGCCGGCCCUCGUCCUCCUCCUCGGCCUACACUCAUGUUUCAUCCAUCAAGCCACCUCUGACAAAGAAGAGGUUUACUUCAACCAUUUCGGCCACUGUUCAAGGCCUACGCCCUAUGACCUGAACGACGAAGACUACCUUCUACUUCCGAAAGGUGGAGAGUUCAUUUACGAGAACUCCAACUGUGAGAUGACGUUCAAGGCGCCCAGCAAAUAUGGAAUUUGUCUCAAGUUUCAGGAACUACAAAUUUCAACCUGUGACGUUAAAAUAAAAAUUUUCACUUCUCCGCACACAUCGGGGGCACCCUGGUACGUAUUAAAGUGCCAUGACACCAAGCCCAAUCAUUUGUGCACACCUGAGAGAUUUAUAACAGUACAGGUGCACAAAACUAAAUUAAAUAAAAACGAAGGUUAUACUUUUAAAAUCGAGGUGGAGAAAAGUAGCAGUAUUUCUGAAGAAGGUGUUUUAAUCGCCUCAAUAGGAGUUUUUGUAGGCGUUAUUUUAGGAGUUGUAGCCUUUAUUGCUAUCAUCGGCUUCUCCAUUCUGUACUGUUGCUGUAAAUGGACAAAGUCCAAGAAGAAGAAAGGCCAAUCCAGCCAGCCUCAGACACUAGAAUCUGGACCUCUGGUUGAACCUUCAGCUCCACCAGCUGAACAGUCAGGACCCUCAAAUCAUCUCUACCCCAAAUUACUGCAGUACCAGAAUUAUCCAUCUCAAGAUUUCCCACCGCCGUAUGCUGUACCUGAUGCUCCUCCCCCACCAUACACAUCCAUUGAUCAAUCAACAGAAACAAGACAGCAGCAUUGACGCCUGAAUUCAACUGUAUAAGCUCAUGUGUACCAAAAGAGUUCUGUCCAUGGACUGGACUAGAGCCAGGUACUGCUGUACUGAUGACCUACUUUUACCAAAAAAUUCUUGUGCACAAUAAUGGCUUUUGCUGACAAGAAAAAUUGCUCAAAGACAAAGUUCAUCAUGUGGCAAAACUUCCAGAAUUUGAUCUCUAAGAUCUGGCUGCUAAUCAACUAUAUUUAGCAGGCUGCUAUUGACUAGACAGUCUGACAUUUAAAUAUAUUUAUUGGAAAGAUAACAUUUAAAAUGUGUGGUUACAACUGGUUUUACCUUUCUCCAUCUGGUCUCAGACUAAACAUAUAAGGUCCAGUGAACAAGUGUCAUUGGCCAUAAACCCUGUACAUUUCUUGAUGUUAUAUUGUAUUGUUGGAUUUAUGUUUGGUGUUGUCAGCUCAUUUGUAAAAACCUGUAUGAAAUAAGAUUGGAUGAACAUAGCCAAUAGCCAAUUAAGGCUAUGACAUCCAUGAAUGCUGCUACAACAUUAACACUUAACAUUUUAAAAAACCUUUAGAUCCCUCAAUGUUGCAGGAAAUUUGAAAACUAACAAACUGUGAUUUAGGGUACAGGGGAGUGCUGUACAUUAUACAGCGACAUGAAAACAACAUGCUACUUUCACUCAGUAUUUAUUAUAAACAAGCCAUAUUAUGUUUUACAUUGGAUAUGGAUGUGAUAUAAAUAAUUUAUUAUCUACAGGUUACUUGUCGGUGAAAAAAAAAAUUAAUUUUUUUUCUAAAUAAAAAGACUAACUAACAUUCAAUAACUUAAUAAGUAAUUGUACGUUGCUUAGCCUUGGUCAGCAACAUAUUUAAAACUAUACUUUUGUUCAGCUUCUCAAAAGUGGCUAAAUUAUUUCUUUAAACUAAAAACAGAUAAUUUUUGUCAAUUAUGAAAAGUAAUUUCAAUUUCCUAGCCUCAAUCAGUUCCAGAUUCAGUUUGAACACAAUGUAAGCUUCCUCGUUUAUUUUUGUUUUAGGAUAGCCUUGACUCUACUAGUGAGCUAGUUAAAACAUACACUUGCUUCCAUUCUUCCACUGCUAUAUUGUCAGUCAGAGAAACACCAAGCUCUUCUUAACACAUUUUUAAAAUUUUAAAUCAAAGUAAAUAAUAAAACAUUUUAUGGAUCAUAACUUGAAGCCAUCUGUUAAACAUGAAAUAUAUUUUUAUAUAUUUAAUAGCUCUUUAGUAAUUUUAAGUGAUAGUAAUUGUCCAACAUUGUGAUCUGUAUUGUGAUAGUAGUAUAUUUUUAUAAAAUUAUUUUAAUACCAUGUGCAAUAAAUAUUAUUUUAUAUCUGAACUGAAUGUACUCUAUCACAUUUUUAUUAAACAUAAUUUCAAUUUAAUUAAUAAUUCUUAACCAUCUGUGAUGUAAAUUAUCAACAAUGUUUGAAUAACAAUAUUCUUACUAUAAGAAUCAUUAUUUUGGAGUAUAUACACCCCCCCCCCCCCUCCUCGAUGAUCCUGAUUCUUAGAUGAAAUAUUUUACUGUAGAAAUAAAUGACUAAACAUGUAUGCUCAAUAUUGUUUAUUUUGAGUAGUAACAAUAAGGCAAUUUACAAAUUUAGUGUGAUGAUUUCUUUUGUUUAGAUUUAUUACCCAAUAAUCCAUUUUUUUAAAUGAAUGUCUUAUAAAGGCUUGUCAGUGUAUGAAAUUGUGUGUUGUAAUGUAUACAGAAAAUAUGUACCAGUUUUAAGUGUAUUUAAUUUUUUUUUUAUACAUAGGCAUGAUUAUUAAUACAGACCAGUGACGUAGCGAGGGGGGGGGUUGCAGACCGCACCAGGUGACACCAUUUAGGGGGGUGACACCAAGGCAAAAAAUAACAAAAUAUAUAGAGAAAAAUGAUAAUUCCACUUAAGUGAUUAAUUCAAGUGUUAAAAAGUCUUUUAAGAGCAAAUUUGACAAAUCCCGACAAGGAUGGAGGGGGGGUCCAAAUUGAAAGUUUGUCCCCGGGCGCCAGGAAGGGUCGCUAUGCCUCUGGGGGGGUGACACCAUUAAGUGCUGCACCGGGUGAUACCCGACCUCGCUACGCCACUGAUACAGACACAUGUAUAUAUUUAAUAUAUACAUACAUUUGUUGGGGCCAAAGUAUGUCAGCUCACACUACGGCCAAUAUCAUCUCCCAUUGACCGUCCUAUGUUUAAAACUAUUCUUGAUUUUGCAAAAUGGCUAGAAUUGACCGACCAAUGUCUGAAUAAGAUCCUUAGCAGCUUUUGGGUGUUUGUAUACCAUUACAAUCAGGAAAUUAGAUCUAGAUUAUUAAUGUAAUGAAAUGGCAGGGGAAAAAAGUCAAAUUAUUUUAUUGUGCUACAUUUUUCAAUUAAUAUUGUUGUGUACUAUUAGUACUAUCGUUUUCUGUCUCUAUUUUAAUUUUGCUAAAAACUUGUAUCACUAAAGCCUAGCAUGAGAAUUAAAUGUUAAAACUUAUUUAAAACAGUAGGCUUUAGUACUAAUGUAAAACAAAACAAUACUGUUUGUAUAAUACUAAUAAUAGUAAUCAAGAUUUAAAGUUAAGUUUUGGCAGACUUCAUUUCACAAUCAAGCAAAUGUAGUGUAAAAUUUAAAUAAAACUGUAAUCUACAGAACUUCAUAUGGUGUGCCGCUUUGGUUGACAAAAUUUGGUUUUCGAGGUUUGCGUCAUCUCCGGACAGAGGAGACCAUAUUGUCCACCUUUAAAGGGCAGCACCCAUAGCAGCAGUGUCUUUUGCAUGUUCAGUCUUGUUCCAGGUGGACAGUGAUUUUGUUCUUUGAUGAUUGUCUCACCUUGUCAAAGAGGGGGCUAUCUCAUUGAUCUAGUAGUAACCAUUUUUUGUGAAAUAAGGAAAGUAAGAAGGGUGUGGAAUUUUUCUUAGGCAGCCUUAUUGUUUGUCUGCCUCUUGUUCAGUCAGCUCUUUAUAAACACCUCUCUUCAGCACCAGAUGCAUAAGUAUUUCAAUGGAUAACUAACAGAGGGAUAAUGUCAAAGACGAUUUCCAUCAUACAUUUUAAAAUGGGCUGAUAAAUACAUUACUCAUAGUGAAACUACAGCUACAAAAAAGAAUGCACAUCGUAACCUACAUAAGCCUGGGCAUCCCAGCCAGUUGGUAAAGUGGCUGGCCAAUGAAUAUUGUGGUCGUAACACGCAUACAUUUAUAAUCUCUGUUGUUAAAAUUUGAAUCUGUGACUGAGCCAAGAUACUUAAAUAGAUUAACAAUAAGUCAUUUUUAAAUAUAGUGAACAGAAACUAAAUCUGAGCAACCCUAGCAUUAGCACCUAACAGCUGAUUCAAGGGAAUCAUGUCACUGUACUUUUGCUAACCACUUAUUAGUUAUUUGUUCCUUAGGUGUUGCAUAAAGUACAAUACUAUUAUUUAAAAAUUACUAUUUUCUGUCAUUUUGCUUUUGUUGUAUAUUUUAGUGCAGGAAAUAAUCCACACAUGUAACCAGAAUUACCCUAGUAUUUUAAAACAUGAUUUCUUGUUUUGUGACAUUUCAUUGACUCGUGUGGUUUACCAUCUUUACUUGAAAUAAAACAUCUAUCACAUCUA